CUUACCACUCCUUGAAAAAAGCUCAGUUGCAUCUUCUGGAAAUGAUUUGACCACAUAUGCUGAUUCGAGUGUGUCCGGCGUUGAAACAACAGAAAUUUCAUCUGGAAUUGAAUCACUUCAAACAAUGACGGCCAGUCCAAAUUCAGAAACAACAUUGUCAGAAACUGAAGCUACAACAUUUUCUUCUGCUUCUCCUUUGGUCACCACAAUUACAACCAACAGAUACUUCAGACGGUGUCAAAACAACAGAAUUACUAACAAGUACCACCGAAACAAUUCCAAAUCAAUCAAUUACGACCGAAAAAUUUAUUUCAACGUCGCCCUUGUCGUCAAGUCCCCCAACAAUUUCAAAAGCGUCUACAGGCAGCUCAUCUACAAUGACCGCAACUUCUACAGCAACCACAAUUGCUUGGAUCAAGCCAAUUUUAAGCAAACAAACGACGCAAAAACCACAGAUGAAGCCAGUAUGCCCUACUAAUUGCACGAAAAACUCGGAACUUUUCUAUUCUAACGGAAUUCUGAAAGAGAAGCACGGCUUUUGGGAAUCAGCCUGCGGCGGAAUACAGUACCUCUUUGGAAAGAAGCUAGUUAACUGGGAGCAAAACGCUGCAAUAUGCUGCAGCUUAGGAAUGACUCCUAUUAUGUUCAAGGAUGGGCCGAGCUGCUUUAAUAACAUAAUCAAUGGCUUCAAAUGGAAGUACAGCUCACGUUUCUGGACUUCUGGAAGACGUGUCGAGAACUUAACUUUUGAAUGGUGUUUCUUGAAUGUUUCGAACAGUAGCUCUAAUAUUCUAGACGGGCAGUGGAGACCUAAUCAACCGGACCAUAACACCUCAAAGUCAGACAAUUGCAUUCAAUUGUACAUUCUAAAAGAACAAUCGUCCGCGCUCCUCGAUGAUCGAAGUUGUAAUGAAACGUACUUUCUUGCGUGCCAAGGCAAGGUGACCAGAAAGUCAGCGUGCCUUAAGCCUUUAUGCCCAUCAAGUGGAAACUGUACGAAAGAUAGGCGCCUUUUUUCACCAUAUCCCAACUACAUAAUUAACAAAAUGCAGCACGGCAUGUGGGGAGAAGUUUCAAAUCGAUCGUUCCUCUUUAGUUCUGCAAGCAACCUUAAAACAUAUUCCGAGGCUACUUUAAUAUGCUGCAGCCUAGGUAUGAAAUUAGUGAGUCUUCAACAGCCCUUCAAGUACGACUUCUUGAUAAAAGCCGCAGAAAAUAUCACCACAUCUGCAGGGGUUAAAUUUUGGACUUCAGGCACAGAUUUGGACUGUGAAGGUGUUUACACUUUCUGUCCAACACAAUCAUUACUUCAGGAUGAAGCUCGAUGGGCUACUGGUCAACCAGACGAUAAAAAUUCGCAGGCUAACUGCCUUGCAGUGAAUGUUUCCUUGAAUUCUGCUCUUUUGAGUGAUGAAAUUUGUACUGCUAGGAUGAGAUAUAUUUGCGAAGGCUGGAUAAGAAGCGGGUCUAAGGUCAUAGAGCAUGAAUGCGCUACUACCAAUGGUUUGUCUGAAAAGCAAACGAAAGGAGUUUUAAAAACUUCUCUGGAAAGAUUAUCAGCGCCUCAAAAAGAGUUCAUGAGAUGCUAUGCGGAAGCUGCUGGAUUGAUACUGGACGGAAAUAUAGUGGAAUCCAAAUUACUUGGACAGUUAAUAACAAUUGCUGCAAACAAUUUCACUUAUUUAGAAGAUAUGUUAGAAACGAUGGAAUACUGCUCUAAUUUGACGAAGAAUUGGCCUGUAAAUGAUCAGUUGGUGGGAAUGCUACAUUGUGGUCAGGAAAACGCCCCUGAAGUUGUAGCUCAACUACUUAACAAUUUUGAGAUUUCGUUAUAUGACGAUAUAACAAUUUUUGUGCCUCCCCCCGACGAUUGUCCAUUGACUUACCCGUGCUUUGUUGAUGAGGAUUCCAGAACUGCUUAUGAAACGGCACCAUUGAAUACUUUGAUUUACACGCCUGUCUAUGCAUUUUACAAGACAGUUGCAUGCGGCAAAACUUAUUUAAUUGGACAAUUUCUAGGAGGAUUUGUUAAUUCCCAAGUAAACUUUUUCUCCUACUGCUGCAAUUUUGGUCUGCGGCUGCUUUCGUUGGACAAUAAACCUAAGCUGGAUUGUUUGGAGCCUUACUUUACAGCUGCUGAUGCUAAAAACAUUUUCGGCCCCAAUGCUUCGAAUCUUCAAUUUACAUUUGCUGCAGCAAAAAUAGUUGUGAAUGAAAACGCUUCUGUUUUCCUGGCAAAAGAUUGCUUCACGAAUAAAUAUUUUAAUGAGUCUGAUUUGCAAUCCACUAUGGGCAGUGCGACUGGAAACAGAUUGGUGACAUUUUCAAACAGAAAGCUGACGUACCACAGAGCAUCAUUUCGUUUUGUGUGCGAGUAAAAAAUUAAUAUAAUUGAAAGUUUUAAAAAACUGCAAAACAGUCAAUUCCAAACCGUUUUUUAAUAGGGUGAAAAUAAAACUCACUAAUUUACAAUUUUUCUUUAUUUUUUAAACAUGCAUGUGGUUCAAAAAUUUGAUUUCAUUGUAUCUCACAUUGAAAGAAAUAUUAAGUCAUUUUUCAUGUCAUUAUUAAAGUAAAUGCAUCUCAAAGCACCAGAAAAUUGAAGUGCCUUUCAAUGAUUGUGUAUAAAUUAAUAAUGGUUUUUGUUCUAUUUCUGCGCUUCAAAAAUAUCAUAAAAUCUUCCAACCUGUUAUUGUGACAAAAAAUGAGCAACAAUAAAGCUUCCC